AUGGGCAACUGCACCAAAACCCCAGGCAAGCGGCUAACCAAGGAGAAUAAGAAGCCCUCAGAGGCUCCCGGCUCCCCCUCUACCAGCAAUGAUGUGGACGAAAUGAUCGAUGGCAUGUCGUAUCCCCCAUUGCAGAACUACUCAGUGCUGCAUGGCCUGGUGGGGCCAGCCUGCAUCUUUUUGCGCCAGAGCAUCGCCAUCACACAGAUUGACAGAGAGCUGCGACCAGAGGAAAUUGAAGAGCUAAAGGAGGCUUUCCGGGAAUUUGAUAAAGAUCGUGAUGGCUACAUCAGCUACAAGGACCUGGGAGAAUGUAUGCGUACCAUGGGUUACAUGCCCACUGAAAUGGAGCUCAUUGAACUAUCUCAGCAGAUCACUGGAGGGAAAGUGGAUUUUGAUGACUUUGUGGAACUGAUGGGUCCCAAGAUGCUGGCAGAAACAGCAGACAUGAUUGGGGUGAAAGAACUACGGGAUGCCUUCCGUGAGUUUGAUACAAAUGGUGAUGGGCAGAUCAGCAUGGCUGAGCUACGUGAAGCUAUGCGUAAGCUUCUGGGGCAGCAGCUGAACUACCGUGAAGUGGAUGAGAUCCUCAAAGAUGUUGAUCUCAAUGGGGAUGGCCUUGUGGACUUUGAAGAAUUUGUGCGGAUGAUGUCUCGCUGAGAGCAGCUAGUAGCAGCCAAGGCGGAUGUGCCUUAUUGAGUGGAGAGACUUUAAACUGCCAUAUAUUCCAGGGCCAUGACUAUGACCUUCAAGGGCAGUAUGCAAGAACUUCCCAUAUACCCUGCCAGGAGCAAAACAAUGAGCCCUGAAGUCCAGAGACCUACAACAGCUUCACAGCUUGCAACGGCAUCUGAACCAGGCCCUAGAUCAACAACUGAUCUACUGUGUUACAUACAGACAUAACCAUCUACCCCGUGCUCACUCUAUCUUUGGAUGCCAUCAUACCUUGCCUUUGAAUUGUUUGCUCUGCUGCUGACCGUCACCCCAUGCAUACCUUAAAGAAGGAAUAGUAUUAACCAAUGCAUCUCCCAGACUGGGUCUGCAUGCAAUUCUGUUCUAAAUAUUCCAAAUUCCUUUCUGCUCUCUCCAAGAGAGGCUACUUCUCAUUACCAUUCUCUCUAAAUAGUGUCUGUGUUUUAAACAUGUAUUUUGUUUCCUACUGUGGCCUGAGUUGUACCACCACCACACCAUUUCUGGGUUAUAAUUUGUAAAUGAUGUCAUUACUAGCUGUCCUUCCUAGGCAGAGUGGAAAUGCAAGACCAAUGACCAGUGGUGGUUAGGACAAAAAGAACACGGCAUGUUCCUAGAGUUGGAUAGACUGGUGGCUAA